GAUAAAGUAACAUCUAUUGGCUAUCAAGAAAAGCCUAACCCGUCCAUUGAUAUGCCAUUGCUGGAGCAGAAACUUCCUAUCAAAGAAGAGAAACCUUCAUCUGAAGCUCAUAUGAACGAUAAAGUUGGUUUGGUAGAUGAAAGUACAGUUAACCCUGUGCAGCAGAAAAUGGACGAGUUCAUUUCUCAAAAUCGAAAUGCAGAUUUCUACUUCGUGGGUUCUUGGCCUCAGCAUAAGCGAAAAAAGAUAGAAUGUCAGCUUACUAAUGCCUUCUUUGCUUCUCCAACCUUAAAGAUAGGUGAUGCAGUGCAAUCAGAUGUUGGAAAGAAUCCACUGAAAGACAUGCAUCGGAAUGUGGAACACCAGCGGAUAGAGGAAUAUAAAGUUUCGUCAUCUAAGCAGCAAGUAGAGGAAAUUGAAAUCAGUUUGGAAGGGAGGGGUAGAAGUGCAAGUACUGCAUGUAAUUUGAUGCUUGAACAAGGAACUCCUUCAGUCCCAAGUUUGAAAAAACUGGCAGGUGAACAUGAGACAGGACAGCACACUGCCGAAGAGAAAAAUUUAUAUCAAUUUGAAGACGAAUUAGAGGGCAGAGGCACUGAAGUUAUGCCUUAUACUGAAGACACCAUACUGGAAAAGAAAGAUCAUCUGGACAGGAAGGACUUGUCAUAUGGUUCAUCUGGUUCUCAUAGUCAAAUUCAAUCAGUGAUUUGUUCUGAUCGAAAGAUGCCCGAGUACGAUGGUUUUGUUAUGGAAACAGAUGAUGAACAGCUCUGCACCUCCAAGGAAGGAAUUGACUUUGACAAGUUGGACCUCCCACCCAAUGGUCUAGGACGUGCGAGUGUUCUCGACCAGUUAUGCAAAUCCACUUGCCUGCAUAGUUCAUUUUUUGAUCUUCCGGCAACAUAUAAAUUACAGGAAGCACUAAAUUUAUGUCACUCCCUCCCCAAUGGGCUCUUCGAGAACAUUGAGCAACUUGACAGCAGUUUCCGUUGCUUGAACCAGGAAGUCAAUCAAGCACUUCAUGAAUCCCAUUCUGUAUCUCCGCCACUUUCUGAUUCUCAAUCUGCCUGGGAUCUAAGGAAACUUUGUGCAUCUCCGGUUGGGAAGCUUUGGGGUGGAAUGCCACCAAAGUCUAGCAGUUCUGGGAAGCGGGUGAGCUCAAUUCCAGAGCUUCCCUGCAUCAGUGAAGAAAAUGAGAUUACAGAUGGCGUAAUUGGUACAUUUCUGGAAGGUGUUGGUCCAGAAAUGUUUAUUAGCUCAGUCACAAGAGAGCCACUUGCUGACAUCACAGAAAAUUCAAAUCCUCUAGUAUCAGUUUGUGAAGCAGAGUUAAAUGAUGAUAGAAAUAGUAUUGCUUCUUUGCAUACAGAAUUCAGCUUUAGUGGCACUUGUGACGGUCAGAACGAAGUUGGGAAACAAGAACAAAAGUAAAAAAGAAGAUUUACUGGCAAGGACAAGGAGAAUCAGAAUUUACCACUCGAAGGAGACAGUUUCAAAAGAGGAAAUGGAUCACUACAUGGCAGUUCCAGUAAGCCGAAAUUAUCUGGAAAAAGUGGUUCGGUAAAUGGAGGUCUAGGUCUGUCGGUGAAGGAGUCUAAGUGUAACAAGAUCGCGUCAAAUGUCACUUCCUUUAUUCCAUUCGUGCAACAAAAACAAGCUGUUGCAGUUGUCACUGGUAACCUCCAAAUGUUUACCUUUUGCCUUGUAAGUAGUUAGCUAUGAGGAAUCUUUUCAUUUCUCUUCCUUGGGUUGUCAUUCAGUGGAACUGCAUUAUCUAAUAUCGGAAAGAGGGUUAUUAAAGUGAAGGCCUUGGAGGCUGCUGAGACUGCAAAGCGUCUUGCAGAAAAGAAGGAGAAUGAUCGGAAGAUGAGGAAGGAGGCCCUGAAGCUUGAGCGAGCCAGGUUUUUAGAAGAACAAAACUUGAGGCAGUUGGAGCCAAAGAAGAAAAAGAAAGAACAGAAGAAAAGAGAGGCUGAUACAGCAGCAAGGAAAAGGCAAAGGGAAGAAGAGAGAAAGGAGAGAGAAGGAAAGCUAAAACAUAUCGAGGAAGCAAAGAAACACCAACUGGUGCACGAGAAAAAGGUGCAUGCUGAGAAAGAACAAAAGGAGGUAAAUUUCAAAGCUCCAGUAUGAUCUGUUUUUUGAGUUUCCCGUUUUAGGAAUACUGUAAUUAUGUGAAUGUCCAUUUUAGGAUGGAAGAACAUAUGAGAGGAAGGAAUCUAAGGACAGAUUAGGAAAGUACAAUGAGACUGUAAAAGCAGAGGAAGGCCACAAUCUUCAGACAGUGCCCAACUCUGAACCUACAACUACCGAUGUUUCCAAAAUUGACACCAUAAAUGCAGGCAUCAUUCCUGAAGAUUCUGAGGCUUUGAGUGAUUGUGGAGAUAACUCAGAGGUAACGAGCUACUUUUGCAAGGGGAGUGACAGCUUAAUUUGUAAUUUAUUUCAAGAACAAUCAUACGAGAUUUCUCCAUAUAAAGGUUCAGAUGAUGAAGAUGAGGAGGAAGAUGACAAUAUAAGAGACAGUAAAUUCGUUCCUUCAUGGGCCAG